AUGCUCUUGGUCGGCUUUCAAGUCUAUUUGUUGUCUGCAAAAACAUUUGUAAUCCAAUUAUUGUUUACAAUUAACCAGGUAAAAUCUAAAUGUGCAGACUUUACAACUGUAACCGGUCAGACAACAUCUUUAUCCACCAAUGGUACAGAUACGUCAAUAAAUUUUGUAUGCGCCUCUGGUUAUACACUUACCGGAUCAUCUUCACUUACUUGCUAUGACGACGGAACCUGGGACGGCCAGCAACCUCAAUGUGUAUCAUGUGAAACAUUGACCAAUCCAUCUAGUGGCACGGUAACGCUCAAUACGAAUGGGGGAACAACCACGGCUAUCUAUACGUGUGCAAGUGGAUACACGCUGCAAGGGGACACAACCAGAACUUGUCAGUUAGACGGUACCUGGGAUAACUCUCAGCCAACCUGUUCUUGUAAUCAGCCAAGCGCUCCCUCUAACGGUGCUGUGGUAGCAAACGGUGUCACCGCUACAUAUACGUGUAAAGUUGGUUUCACUUUAGACGGUUUCGAGGAAAGAACGUGCCAAACUGACGGUUCCGGUUGGAGUAACCAAGAUCCUGUGUGUUCUCAGUGUACUUCUCUGUCGUCUGUAACUGGCGGGUCAUUCAGUACGUCAACAACUGGUACGGUUACUUCCGCUAAAUAUUUAUGUCAGACAGGAUAUACUUUGGAUGGUGUUACUACAAUAACUUGCCAAUCAGACGGCUCAUGGAGCAGUUCACCACCCACGUGCAUGGAGUGCCCAGAACUGACCAAUCCAUCAAGCGGAACAGUAACAUUAUCUUCAUCCGGUACGAAAACAUCUGCAACAUACGCAUGCGCAUCAGGGUACAAUUUAAACGGAAAUACUGUACGAUUAUGUAAUAUGGAUGGAACUUGGAGUCUGAUGGAACCAACUUGUUCAUGUAAAUCGCCAGUUCCUCCAUUAAAUGGCCUGGUAACGGAUGAUGGGUCAACGGCCACAUACACUUGUAACCAGGGAUUCUCGUUAUCAGGAUUAUCUACACGGAUAUGUAACACAGAUGGCACCGGUUGGGGUGGAGCAGAUCCUACUUGUAACAUCUGUUCGACUCUGUCCACACAUAUGGGCGGCACUGUAGCAAUAAGUUCGAAUGGUAUAAACACGCAAGCAACAUACACGUGUUUCAGCGGGUACACGUUAAAUGGUAUGUCACCUAUCACGUGCAGGAGUGAUGGAUCAUGGGACUUUACUGCACCAACGUGCUCAAAAUGUCCGGAUUUGCCUGAUCCGGAUAGUGGUACACUUAUAGUGACAACAACAGGUUCCGUUACCACAGCUACAUUUACCUGUCAAACAGGAUAUUAUCUUAGUGGAGAUUUUACUCUGACUUGUGGUACUGACGGCGCGUGGAGCAGUGAUGCUCCGACUUGUAAGUGUAAUUUUCCUGCUCAACCUAGCAACGGAGAGGUGUCAGUAUCCGGGACUGGUUCGGUAGCAACAUACUCGUGUGAUACCGGAUACUCCCUUAGUGGACUGUCUGCAAGAACCUGUCAGACGGACGGUAGUGGCUGGGAAAGCACGGACCCGACAUGUAAUGUAUGUCAAACAGUAACAAAUCCGGCGUCUGGCUUGUUCAGUUUAAGUUCAAAUGGAACGCAUACGUCAGUGAGGUAUACAUGUGACGUGGGCACAACGUUAAGCGGUGUUAACGUGCAAGUUUGUAUGGAUGAUGGUUCGUGGGAGGCUGCACCGCCAACAUGUGUUGGCUGUCCAACUCCUAAUGCUCCAGGGUCGGGCACAGUGGUGCUGUCAACUAGCUCUUCGUCAACUAUUGCGACUUUCUCGUGCGGAACGGGAUAUACACUGAACUCUACAAGUGUACUUACAUGUACAUCUGCGGGGACCUGGGACUACCCAACACCCUAUUGCAUUUGUGUACCUCCUUCUGCACUUACUAAUGGAGAAGUUAACUUAUCAGAUGAUUUUAGAACCGUAACUUACACUUGUCACGUUGGAUAUGUUCUGGUUGGUUCUGCGACGAGAACCUGUCAAGAUGACGGGACGGGAUGGGACGGCAUUAGUCCAGUCUGUGUUUUGUGUCCGUCGUUGGAUGAGCCAUCAAGCGGCACUGUAACGUUGUCAACAUCCGGUACUCAGACCAAAGCGACGUACACGUGCGACGCUGGCUAUAAUUUGAACGGGGAUGAAGAAAGGAUGUGUAACUCUGACGGUACAUGGAGUAUGUCAGAACCCACAUGCACGUGCGAGACCCCUGCAGAUCCUCUAAAUGGUCUAGUGACCGCUGACGGUGCAACUGCAACCUACACGUGUAAUCAAGGUUACUCUAUGAACGGUGCCUCAACUAGGACAUGUGGAGAUGAUGGUACAGGGUGGAGUGGAACAGCUCCAACUUGUAGUACAUGUGACACAUUGUCAACACCGUCGGGAGGAACUGUGACAGUUAGCACAAACGGUGUUAAUACACAGGUAGCCUACACGUGUAAUACCGGAUACACACUAAACGGUGUCAGUAUAAUAACAUGCCGGAGUGAUGGAUCCUGGGACUUUACACAGCCAUCAUGUGAAAAGUGUCCGGAGUUAUCAGAACCUGACAGCGGAUCUUUGACGUUGACGAGCACGGGCUCUUUAACGACGGCAAGUUUCUCCUGUCUCCCAGGAUAUUACCUGAAAGGGAAAUUUUCGCUAACUUGUGGCACUGAUGGCACGUGGAAUGAUGAUGCCCCCUCUUGCAAAUGUGAUUUCCCACCACAGCCCACUAAUGGUCAGGUUUCUCUUUCCGGUACUGGGACGGUGGCUACAUACCGGUGUGAUACGGGAUAUACACUUACCGGACUCUCAGAUAGAACCUGCCAGGAUGACGGUACGGGUUGGGAAGGCCCGGACCCAGUGUGCACAUUGUGUCAAACACUGACUACCCCUUUAUCUGGGUCGAUUAGUUAUAGUACAGAUGGUAUCCAAACUACUGCUGAUUACGCAUGCGCAGUAGGGACGACAAUAGAUGGUAAAAAGCAGAUUGUAUGCAACGAUGACGGUUCUUGGGAAUCGAACCAACCCUCUUGUGUUCAGUGCCCGACAUUGAGUGACCCAAACAGCGGUUCUGUGUCCCUGUCGUCUAAUGGUUUGACAACAUCCGCGGAGUUCUCAUGCGUAUUCGGCUACACUAUCAAUUCUACAAGCGUUUUAACGUGCCUGUCAUCCGGGCACUGGGACCUGCCGGCACCGUUCUGUAUUUGUCAAUCACCACCACUUGUCGCCAACGGACAAUUCAACAUAUCUGCCGACUUACUGAUGGUGACGUAUACAUGUAAUGCCGGUUACGUGUUGGUUGGGUCUGAGACAAGAACCUGCCAGAAUGACGGAACGGGAUGGGACGGAAUUUCUCCAGUCUGUGAGUUUUGUCUCCCAUUGAGUAACCCGAUUGGUGGCAGCUUUACUCUGUCAUCCGAUGGUGCGACGACAACGGCGAACUACAGCUGCGUAGUGGGAUAUAAUUUAGUCGGGGACAGUGAACGAAUAUGCAAGCAAGAUAAAACAUGGAGUCCGUCCCAGCCUUUAUGCGUAAAGUGCGAUACAUUGAAUUAUAUGUCUAGUGGAAACAUUGUCAUAACUACCGAUGGCUACACGAGCACUGCCCUUUACACAUGUGUCACUGGUUACUACUUGGUUGGUUCAAGCAAAAGGACUUGCCAAGCCGACGGCUCCUGGGACGGUACGACUCCCCAGUGUGAUUGUCACCCGCCUUCAACCAUUACCAAUGGAGCAGUGUUUGCUAAUGGCAAGACAGCAAACUACACGUGCAAAAAUGGCACAACAAUAUUAGGACUGUCUUCCAGAAUAUGUAAUACUGACGGUACGGGGUGGAGCGAUAGUGAUCCACAAUGUAAUCAAUGCCAGUCCGCAUAUACCCCAACAGGUGGUCUGUACACACUAUCGACUACAGGAACACAGACAUAUGCCGUGUACUAUUGUGAAAGCGGUUACACACUGAGCGGUGCAUAUAAAGUGUAUUGUCAGUUCACCGGAAACUGGGACAGCGUUCCCGUAUGCGUCCAAUGCGACGCACUCCCAACUCCUGAGAGCGGAAGUUAUUUGACAACAACUACUGGAAGGGUGACAAUAGCAGUCUACUCUUGCUACCCGGGCUAUGAUCUUGUUGGCUCCAAUACAAGAACAUGUCAGCCGGACGGCUCUUGGGAUUUAGACGCUCCGACAUGUAUUUGUCAGUCACCGUCAACUAUACAAAACGGUCAAGUGACUGAUAAUGGUGAAACAGCAAAUUACACGUGUGAUGUUGGAUAUUCGUUAGAUGGUGCCAUAUCUCGGACAUGCGCAAAAGAUGGAACACGUUGGACCGGAUCCGAUCCAGUAUGCAACCCAUGUCAGACAUUGGCGUCACCAACAGGAGGUUCCGUAACUAUGACUUCUGAUGGUCACGUGACAAUGGUAGCGUAUAGUUGUGAUGUUGGAUACACGUUGAGUGGUCUUAAUAAUAUCACGUGCAGGAGUGACGGUACAUGGACAUUUAGUGAACCGGAAUGUGUUUUGUGCCCCACUUUGACAAACCCCGGAAGCGGAAGUGUAACCAUGACAUCAGAUUCAUUGAUUUCCAAAGCAACGUUCAGUUGUGUAACCGGAUAUUACGUCAGUGGCCAACUAACUAUCACUUGUCAGACGAAUGGAGCUUGGGAUAGUGAUCCACCUGCAUGCAAGUGUAUAACACCAGUCACGCCAGCACAUGGAUCUGUAUCGGUUUCGGACACAGCUGACGGGCCAGUGGCGACAUACCGCUGUGACCUUGGAUACAGUAUUGACGGUCCAGCUUCAAGACUUUGCCAGAACGACGGUACAGGAUGGGAAGGGAGGGAUCCUACAUGUAACAUUUGCGAAUCCAUCAAUACACCACCCGAACUCAACUUUGAUGUUUCUACAAACGGUUCCACAACAUACGGACAGUAUGCAUGCGCACUGAACUACACACUAUCCGGUGAAUACGUGCAUAUAUGUCAAGCUGAUGGCACGUGGGAUUAUCCGUCACCGUCAUGUGUAAGUUGUGCAGGGAAAACACAUCCUCUGAGUGGCCAGGUGGCACUUACAACAGAUGGUCUCAGAACACGUGCAACAUUUUCAUGUGAACAAGGUUAUGAUCUUCUGUCUGUCGGGGUCACCACGUGUUUGACUGAUGGAAGCUGGAACCUCCCAGAUCCCUUGUGUGUUUGUCAGCCGCCAAAUGCUAUAAUCGACGGUAAUUACGACCUACUUGACAACGGAAUGAUAGCAAAUUACUCGUGCGAUUCUUCCUACAAGCUUGUAGGACCGCAACAGCGACUUUGUCUGACUGACGGCACGGGUUGGAAUGGGACAGAGCCUCGAUGUGAUUUGAUUAUCAUAACAACACCAAGAGCGGGUAAAUCUCAAGAGGAAACAGUUCUGCCAAUACCUACAGCAGCGUUCGUCGCUAUUUUUGUCAUUUUGAUUAUCAUUCUGGUAGUUUCUAUUGGCGGGUCUGUCUGCUGGUAUCUCAGGUACAAGAAAGUCAGUCAACGCGUCGGGACUGUGUUUGAUUCUAGUGACAACAGAACGACAAGCACUCUUGAUGAGGCCCGUUUCAAUUUUGAGUCCACGGAUAUUGAAGAUGGAAAUCUGCUUAUUGCAAAAUCAUUAGAACCAGCCAAGCCGACUUUUAAUGCGAAGUCACUAAAGAAAAAAUCAUCAAGGUCAUCGCUGGACACUAACAAAACAGAAGACGAAAUGAGAUCUAAACAGUCUAAUUUAGAAACAAAGAUAGAUUUAAACCAAAAUGGCGGCAUAUUGACCGCCGGAAACGGAACACCGCCGCACGUGCCUCUAAGUUCCGUGCGGUUACCGAAAUUACCGCCGAAACCGCCACGUAAAAGUAACGCGACAAAGGUAAAACGUAAACGCCGUCGGGUAGAACGCCGCGAGGAGGCAGCAGACGAAAAAGAUCUUAAGCCAAGAACAUCUACGCCAAUAGAAAUUGUAAUGAAUAGAACAAAGACUCCGGAUAUGCUGGCAUCGGAGGAGUUUACGUACAUUCAGCCAGUGUACUGCCACGAGGCAGAUACUCCGGCACCAAGUCGCCCGACGACGUCGACGUCAAGAUACACUAGUAAAACUGUAUCAACGGAGAGCAAUGUAUAAUUUACAAAAUAUUUGAUACAUUUGAGCCG